GCUUCAGAAGCAAGCUUGCAUCUGAGUUCGAGGGUAUGUCGCAGACCCAUUCAAGAUGGUUGACAGUCUGGUCAACACGAAAGCGAAUGCGAAGAGGAUCGCCAACAUCGAGAACUGCUUCGGCAGUUCGGGCCAGCCUCUUGCCGAGCCCGGUCGGGUGCUGGUCGGAGAAGGGGUGUUGACAAAAAUGUGCCGCAAAAAGCAAAAGCCGAGACAAUUUUUCCUCUUCAACGACAUACUGGUGUACGGGAACAUACUCAUCAACAAGAAGAAAUACAACAAGCAACACAUAAUACCACUCGAACAGGUCAAGCUGGAGAACUUGGGCGAUGACGGAACGGGCCUCAAAAAUGGAUGGCUCAUUCGAACGCCGACAAAGUCGUUUGCCGUGUAUGCCGCGACAGCCACAGAAAAGACUGAGUGGAUGGCACACAUUAAUAAGUGUGUGGAAGAUGUCCUGAGGAAAACCGGGAAAUGCCAGGCCAAAGAACAUGCCGCCGUGUGGGUGCCAGAUGCCGAAGCAGGAUUUUGUAUGCACUGCCGCAAGACACAGUUCACGAUGCUCAAUCGCCGUCAUCACUGUAGGAAAUGUGGAGCGGUUGUGUGUGGGCCAUGCUCUAGCCGGAAAUUCAUGUUGCCUGCACAGUCCACCAAGCCACUGCGCGUCUGCCUCACGUGCUACGAUGCUCUAUCCCGAGCUGCCGCCCUCAACAUGUCAUGCCUUACUAAAGUCGACAUGAAAGCUGCGCAGCCCUUGGACAAACCGCUGUCCCCUGACUCUUCCGGCGACGAAGAUUCGGACGACGACGAAGAAAGUAAGGCCGAAGGACUUGCGAGGGGUCUUGACGGCGUUACGCUCGACGAAAAGCCGACUUUCUACGGUGACUUAGAAAACAGCACGGAAGAGAUGAAUAUUCCCGAGGGCAGCUCCCUGGAAGCGAGCGAAGAACUGGAUGCUGACCCCGCGUUCCUUUCUGCAAGAAAUUCCGAGGUUUCCACCGAGAGCGCCGGAAAAACCAACGGUGUUACCGACCCGAUGGCGGCUGGAGAGCCGCAGCCACAGCCGCAGCCAGUGGAACAGUAGCCGAGCCUCUUUAGGAAAAAUAUUCUGCCAGUCUUCCCUGCGCUAUUAUGCUGCUCGGCAGGCCCUAUUUUGCGGUGGUACGGAAAGAGGCAUUCUCGUAUUAGGUUCUUACUGGUUUUGCAUGACGUAUCAUAGCUCAGGUCUGUUAAGAGAAGUUGCAGAAAGCAGUCAACGCUCUGUAGAGUAUGUGGCAGAGCCUUGCGUUAGAUACCUCGUUGAGGAAGGGCAAAAGGAAGAAAAAAAAAUCUUGCCAAGGUGGAACAGUGUGAAAUCAGUAUUUUUCUUUUAUCUGUUACGUAUGAGAGGUGGGACAAUAUUUAAAGACUCCCGUUGAUAUUAAAAAUAUCGAGAGUGUUAUUUUUGUUCAUGUUUUCCUGCAUUGCAGUUCUGAGGCCAAGCUUUUAACUGCCAGUUCUAAAGAGUUCUGCUCUGCUUAGUUACGUUUUUGCGUUCUAGUUAUAUUGAAGCAAGGCUCAGCUCCAUGCACAAGAGACGUGAUUGCAAGUGUCAGCAAAACAUGACAGCCAAAAAGAUGGGAAGCACACACGCAUAAGAAAAUAACAAACAAUUACGUGUAACUCAGCCCUGUCAUAACGGUGGCUGACAGACUUAGUGUAGUCUGAAAUGCAACGUAUCCAUAAAAGGUUGGAGCACCUUGUCUUCACCUUUGUGUUGUCCUAUAUGCAAGCGGUGAAUAUUAGUUUUGAGCAACAUGUAGCGAAGCUGCUGUGAGGUUGAAUUGCGAUACUACAUUGAUUUUGUGCAAGUGUUUACCUUUUGUCUUGUACAGUAAGUCUUUUAUGUUGUGUGCGUUUGAGAAAAAACGUUUUUUUUUAAUUUUGUUUUCAGUGGCAACGCUUUGGUGAUUUAGGUUAUGAUUUCGAUAAUGUUUGUGCUUGCUUGCUUGCUAGCUAUUUCAUGCAUAAGAAUCUUGGGCAGUAUUCGUUUUAAAACGCAGGAAAAAGUUUUCUGCGACGUUGAACUUUCAUUGGAUAAGAGGUGCAUUACAUCACGCAGUGGACCAGAUUGAAAGGACAGGUUUCAUGAAGCAAAAUUUGUCUUGCUUGAUGAAAGUAGCAUUAUAAGAAGACUGAAAUCUGGUCUGCAUCCUUAUCAUUAUGCUAUCUUCUAUGCCAGGGGUGUGAGCUGUGACACAAAAUACUGUCACACUGACAUGAGAACACAGCAGAGCUCCAUGAUGGGAAUACCAACAAUUUUUUUUUUUAAAUGUUGACCGAGGCUUUGUUUACGGAGCAAGCACACGAGCAACACCGUAAAUUGUUCAAUUAAAUUUUCUGAUGUGUGUGACAUAUAACAAGAUGGAUGGACAGAUCUUGCAACAAGAAUACCGACAUUUUCAGGGUGUCGGUCACUCGGGACAGGGACUCGGGACUCAGGGGGUCGGAACAGAUAGAAUCGUGCGACAACAUUCCUACCCAUUUUGACAGCAGACAGUAUUUGAUUGGUUCAUAAAAUGGAGCAAGGGCUGCUGUGUUUUGUAGUUUUUCCCCUCAAGGAUGUCGUCUUAAGCGCUAAUUAAUUUUUUACGUCUUUUGUUAUGGUGAUGCUUUUUUUUGGGGGGGGGGGGCAUGUUUGACUCAGAAAUUCAGAAUUAUAGCAAGUUCAGUGCCUUAACAUGUGCAUCCACUGCAUAGAUUUAAGAAGAAGAGAAAAUGGGUUUGUAGUGAAGUAGUAGGGUUUAUGUGCCUUUUGUACUCCUGCAAUUUGAUGAGGAUGGCAUGACUGUAAAUAGCACAUCCUGUUCGUAUCACUGGAUAUCUGUCUGGGUUUUCCUAUGUACUCUGCAGCAAUCCUGGCAAACGUGAAAUUAAAUAAACACAUCGAUGCAA